AUGUCUCUCACAAAUGCUUCUCCUGCUGAUGCAGCAAAGUCUGCAAAGUCAGCCUCACAUCUCCUUGCAACUCUUCCCACUUCUGCAAGGAAUAAUGCUUUAACAGCCAUCCACGCGGCGCUUUCCCAAUCCAAAGACGAAAUUCUAGCAGCCAAUGCUCAGGAUUUAGCACUGGCCGGAAAGGCCGCUGAAAAUGGCGAACUCAGCUUAAGCAUAGUCUCACGUCUGGAUCUGGGUAAGAAGGGGAAAUGGGAGGAUAUGUUAAAGGGUAUUCUGGAUGUCCGUGACUUGGACGAUCCUGUGGGUAAAGUUACGUUACGGACACGGCUUGAUGAUGGAUUAGAUCUUGAAAGAGUAUCCUGCCCAAUUGGUGUUCUUCUCAUUAUUUUCGAAGCCCGUCCAGAAGUUAUUGCCAAUAUCGCCUCACUUGCCAUAAAGUCAGGCAAUGCUGCCAUUCUGAAAGGUGGCAAGGAAUCGACAGAAUCGUUUAUUGCAAUUUCCAAGGUGAUAUCUGCAGCUCUGGAAUCAACAGAAGUUCCAAACAAUGCAAUCCAGUUGGUCACCACGAGGGAUGUAAUCCCUCAGCUUCUGGACUUGGAUCAAUACAUCGACCUUGUUAUCCCAAGAGGCUCCAAUGAACUGGUGCGGUAUAUCAAAUCAUCCACCAAAAUCCCUGUCCUCGGUCAUGCCGAUGGACUUUGUUCGAUAUAUCUCGAACACAGUGUCAGCCAGGAGGUAGCCGUCCGUGUCAUAGUCGAUUCCAAGACAUCGUACCCAGCGGCGUGCAACAGUGUUGAGACUCUUUUGGUAGAAGAGGCUGCUCUCGAAAAACUGCUUCCUCCCGUAGCACAAGCCUUAUUAGAGAAUGGUGUCUCGCUCCGGUGCGAUGCGUCAAGUAAGACGGCUCUUACGGCCAAAUUGCCAGCACAUUCAUCAGCCAUACUUCAAGAUGCUGAGGCGACGGACUUCGACACAGAGCACCUCUCUCUCGUACUUGCCAUCAAGACAGUCUCCUCCCUCACAGAAGCUGUAUCCCACAUCAAUACCCACGGUUCCCAUCACACUGACGUUAUCCUCACGUCUUCGGCGCCUCUGGCCGAACAAUUCAUGUCAAGUGUCGACUCGGCAGGUGUCUUCUGGAACGCAUCUACUCGCAUGGCUGAUGGGAUGCGGUAUGGGUUCGGGACCGAAGUCGGGAUUAGCACUAAUAAAAUCCACGCAAGAGGUCCUGUAGGUUUGGAGGGGCUUAUGAUUUACAAGUAUAAGGUAAGGGGGGCGGGGCAUAUCACGAUGGAGUAUGGUGAAGGAGAGGGGCAAAAGCCCUUCAAACAUGAGAAGCUAGCGUUAUAA